CAGCAUAUCACUCUUCCUUCCCCUCUCUCUCUAUGAUUUUCAUCCUAUACCGCCCUAUGCGGCGGCACCCGUUUAGAUUUAUAGUGAAUUAAUUAUCGUCUGCGUUAUCUGGGUUUCCGUUUCUUUAACUUGCUUAAGCUCUCAACAGCAUAUAUCUCUUCGACUUGGUCUUACGGAUAUCAGCAGUAAAGUGAGAGUCUUUGUCUUGAACAUGAAUAUGCGGAUCCGUCUUUCUGGAUAACUUUACGAUAUUCCGUAAGGAUUAGUUUAAAAAUUAGGGUUCUUUAAUUUAACCCACUUGGAUAAAGAGUUGGAUAGGAUCAUGAGAGCGAGAGUGGUUGUGUUCCCGAUCAAAGGAAGGAAUUGGUGCUUUAGCAGAUCCAUUGACCAUUCCGCAUCAAAUACCUCCUCAGCUCAUACUCCCUCCACAUUGAAAGAGCUUUGGUACCAACUACGCUCCACCUCUGCCUCCUCCAAUGCCAACAUCAAUCCCCUCCAUGCCAACGCUGAACACCUUAUUGAUUUUGUCGCCAAUAAGAUGAAUAAAUCGUGGAUGAUUCUUGAGAAUGCGCCUCAGGGAAGUCUGAAGAACAGGAUUCAUGGGUUGGGAUUACGACUUCUAUCCCGAGUUAAGCCGUCUGAGAUUUUCCUGAAAUCUAUUACCAAGGAGGUUACCAAUCUUGAGAUUGCUUACCCUUGCAGCUUAAAUUCACGCCUUGUUCGUCGAAGGAUACGGCAUAUAGCCAUGAGGGGAACUAUCAUCCACAAGAAAUAUUUGUAUGGCUCUGUUUCGAUGAUCCCAUUGACAGGCGCAUUCUCGGUUUUUCCACUACCCAAUAUCCCAUUUUUUUGGAACUUAUUCCGCACUUAUUCGCAUUGGCGAGCUCUCAAGGGAAGUGAGAAGCUCCUUCAGCUGGUCUCCAACUGCUCGCACACUCAGAACGCAGGUGCUCAUAAUUUGAGUGGUAGCACAAUUGAGCAUGAUGACUCAGCACAUGGAACCCAUAAUCCACGAAAGACAACUUGGCUGUUUCUCCCAUCUGAGGAACUCGACGAGCUUCUUCGUGGAGGAGAUGAAAGUGGUGUUCUAAGUAGUAAUGCCAUUGCAGAUAUUUGCAAGACGUUUGAUCUGAACACAAAUGAUGUGAUGAAGUACAGAGAUUCAGUGUAGUUGACAUUGUUUUUAUAAGUUUGUCAUCAGGAAAUUCAACGCAAUUCAGUAAGACAUUCGAUGUAAGGUGUAGUGGUUACAUUGGAAUGCCAAGGAAAAUCAUAUUACUGUUGGUAGGGAAAUACAAAUGAUAUCAUUAAAUCAAAGAUGCCAAUGAUUUUCCUUUUUAA